AUGGGCCCCAGGGCAGGGGAGCGGGGUUGCCUGCUGCUGACCGUGGCUGUGGUCCUCACGCUGCCUCUGAGGCCUGCAGGCUCCUGGGGCGCCCGGAUCAUUGGGGGUCACGAAGUGACACCCCACUCCCGGCCUUACAUGGUGUCUGUGAAAUUUGAGGGCCAGCACCACUGUGGGGGCUUCCUGCUCCGAGCCCGCUGGGUGGUCUCCGCAGCCCACUGCUUCAGCCACAGGGACCCCCGAGUGGGCCUGGUGGUGCUGGGGGCUCACGUCCUGCGUGCCCCGGAGCCUACACAGCAAGUGUUUGGCAUCUCAGCCGUCAUCAGGCACCCGGACUACCAGCCCGGCGUCCACGCCAAUGACAUCUGUCUGCUGCUGCUGAACCGCUCUGCUGUCCUGGGUCCCGCAGUAGGGCUGCUGAAGCUGCCGCGGAGAGACGCCAGGCCACUCAAGGCUGGGGCACGGUGCCAGGUGGCGGGCUGGGGCUCCGUAUCAGACUUUGAGGACCUGCCGCCCGGGCUGAUGGAGGCUGAGGUCCGCAUUCUGAGCCUGGACGUCUGCAACAGCUCUUGGAGGGGCCAGCUGAGCCCUGCCAUGCUCUGCACCCAAAGUGGGGACCGCCGGCGGCGUGGCUUCUGCUCAGCCGACUCUGGGGGGCCCCUGGUGUGCAGGAACCGGGCCCAUGGCCUUGUCUCUUUCUCCGGACUCUGGUGUGGCGACCCCAAGACCCCCGAUGUGUACACACAGGUGUCUGCCUUUGUGAGCUGGAUAUGGGAUGUGGUUCAAAGGCCCUGGCCCAGCCCCCUGCGCAGCCAACGGAACCACAACAGCACUGGGGAUACAGACGGGAUGGCGAAUGAUUCAGACAGCUCCUUCCCCAGAAAUCCCAUGGCCUGGCACGUCAUCCACAGGCCCCCACAGGCCCCGGGGAAGCCUGGUGUGUAUGGGGUUGGGGUGGGGUAG